CCGCGGCUCCCGAAGGGCUCAGCCCUAGCAACCAAGCCCCGCCCCGCUUGAGCCUUGGCCGUCACCUAUUGGCUGGCUCUCUUCACCCAGACCAGCUAUUGGACAGGGGGAACGCCAGUCAGAAAGAGUCCCCACCCUCCCGUGUAGCCAACCUCGGGACUGGCUGAUCAUGACUUCUAUAAAGGAGCAGGCUGCAAUUAGCCGGCUCCUGAGUUUUUUACAGGAUUGGGACAACGCUGACAAAGUCGCAAGGAGCCACAUCCUCAGCAGGUUCAUCGAAACCAACCAAGGCAAGACUGGCCCUGAGCUGGAGCAGGAGUUUUCCCAGGGGGCCAGCUUGUUCCUGGUACGCCUGACCACAUGGUUCCGACUCAACUACCUAACGAGCUUUUGUCUAGAUAAGCUUCUACAGUCCAUCGGCAUCUUCCUAGCAGCUGUGAACAGUUAUCCAUAUCUUAAAGAAUUUAUUGAAGUUGGAGGCGUCCUGACUCUCUUGGAAAUACUCGGACUGGACAUCAUCAGGGAAGAGAGCAAGAAGGAGUCCAUCAAGCUCCUGCAGAUCAUUGCAGACUCUGGCCGGAAGUACAAAGAGCUGAUCUGUGAAAGCUAUGGUGUACGGUCCAUAGCAGAAUUCCUGGCAAAAUCCAGGUCGGAAGAGACCCAGGAAGAAGUACAGGCUCUGUUGAAUUCUUUGGUCCAUGGUAACCCCAAGUACCAGAAUCAAGUCUACAAAGGCCUCAUCGCUUUGCUGCCCUGUGAGUCCCCGAAAGCUCAACAGCUAUCCCUGCAGACUCUCAGGACUGCCCAGGCGAUUGUGGGCGUCACGCACCCCAGGAUCGUGGACUGCGUGUUGAGGGUGCUGCGCACUGUGCACCUGGACGUCCAGUAUGAAGCCAUCGAGCUGAUCAAGGACCUGGUCAGUUACGAAGUGUCCACCGCGCUGCUCCAAAGCCUCGUGGAGCUGCUGAUACCAGACGUGAAAGAGACCCACAAACAGCAGUACGGGAUCCUCAGCGACCAGUCCAUUCUCCAGUUCACCUCCCAGCUGCCCGUGUUCUUGCAGCAGGCUGCAGCCGCCAAGACCAUCAGGGUCCUGGCGCAGCACAACACCAGCCUGGCCGAGGAGAUGCUGAGUCUGGGCGUGGUGCACAGCCUGAUGGUCGCCAUGGGCAACCGGGACCACUGCAACAGCCAGCGGCAAGCCAGCCUGGCGCUGGAGUACUUCGUGCAGGUGUUCCCGGCCGUGGACGAGCAAGUGCACAAGGCUAUGGGGGAGGAACUCUACCAGCUCUUCCGGAGCAACCCCGAGGAGCUGUACGCGCACAUAGACAGCAUUCAGACGGACAUCUUGCUGGCCAACAAAGUCAAUGUCACCAAAGACCUGCAGCUCGCCAGCCUCACUUCCGACUCUCAGGAGCAAAACCCCACGGGCUACUUGGUCCACUUCGCUUCGGAGGACGGGGCUGACGCUGAUGCGUGAGCGCCCGAGGUCACCGGGGAGCGUUGCAGAAGCUCCACCAGGGUGCCUCUGCCCAGGCCGAGAGUUGGACGACGG